AAUAGCCACCAGUUGCAGGGAAGUUAUUGAAGGUUGCCGAUUUCUACUGAAUAUUUAUACUAAAGUGAUCAAGAUGGCUACAUUUUCUCAAUCAACUGUGGAUAGAGGCUCUGAUUCUAUUAUAGAUUUUAGUUGUUCACCCUGCCUUGAGCACAAAACUUACAAGUUGGCUGAAUUUCACUGUGAUAACUGUCAGAAAUUCUUUUGUGCAGAAUGUAUUACUCUACAUGGACAGUUGUUUGGGAAACAUGUGACAUAUGGCCUUAGGGGAGACACAAGUAAGUGGCCAGUGUCCAAGGAAGUGGAAGAUUUCCUUCAAAAAUGUGACCUUCAUGAAGACAAAUGUCUAGAAAUGUACUGCAGUGACCACAGUCAGCUGUGCUGCACUAAUUGUGCCUUCCUCAAUCACAGACUGUGUACUAAAGUAACACUUAUAUCUGAGUCAGCCAGAGAACCUCUGCCAGACUUGCAGCAACUAUCAAGAAAGAUCCAAACAAUUCUGAAAGAAGUCAAGAAACUUGAGAAUUAUUGGAACACCAACAUGCUGACUUUGCAGGCUUCAUACAACAAACAAUUAGAUGAAAUACUUGAAACACGCCAGACAAUAAAUAUAAUUUUAGACAAGAUUGAAAAAAACACCAUAAAAGAGCUCGAUAAUAAGAUGAACAGUCUAAAAGCUUCUGUCAAGACUGAUAUCGACAAUUGCAGCAAGCUCAAAAAUGAGCUGAAACGACUCAGUGAUGCAAUACAUGACAUUGUUGAUAAGGGCAAAGCAGAACUCACAUUUAUUGCAAGUAAUAAAUGUCUGGAACUAGUUAAGCAGUCUGAAAUUUAUCUGAAGGAGAACUCUGUUCAGGUAGAAAGUUCACUGACAUUCCUGGCAAACAGUGAUGUUCAACAGUACUUGUCUAUAUUGUCAGGUCUGGGGAGGAUUGUACUCAGUACCAAGGCAUUAUCAGUACUUGGUGACGCAGACCAGGUAUUCACUGUGCAAGAAAAGUCAAAGUAUGAUGUGAGCCUACCAAGUGAUACAGAGAAGAGCUUCACUAUCAGUGCCAUCUGUGUCCUCUCUGAUGAUCAGAUUCUUGUUGCAGAUUGUACUAAUAAAAGAGUUAAGCUACUAAAUCAUCAAUACCAGGUGGGGAGUCAUUGUGAUUUAAAUGCUUCUCCAAAUGACAUGUGUCAAAUAACAUCAAGUGAAGUCGCUGUUGCUGUGGGUGCAGGGGUCCAGUUUGUCUCUGUGAAAGGUGAGCAUCUGGUUAAGGGUACCCAAUUGCAGUUUCAACAUAGAUGUAAUGGUAUUGCUCAUAAUCUGCAAGACCUGUAUCUCACCUCUGACACUGCACUUUACAAGUAUUCAAUGAAAGGUGACCUUAUGAAUAAAGUGUAUGAAGAUACAUCAGGCAAUAACACAGUAUUAAUGUGUGCAGUGAGUCCUUCAGGUGACAGGAUAUUUAUCACCAACUAUUCCCAUCACAAGGUCCUCACCCUGGCCAGAGAUGGCACAGUUCUGCACACCUUCACAGACCCAGACCUGCAAGGCCCACUUGGUAUACAAGUCACUGCUCUGGGACAGGUUCUGGUCUCUGGAGAGUCAUCUAACACUCUCCUACAGCUGGAUGGGGAAGGCAAGAAGAAGCUGGCAACUCUUGCUACCAGGAAUGAUGGGCUUAAAUACCCCUACUCAGUCUUCUACAAUAGGAGUACAGCAUCCAUCAUUGUAGGACAGUUUCAAAGCCCCAAAGUCCUGGUGUUUACAGUUAAAUAGUUUUGUUUCACCAGUUUCAGUGCAGACAUUUUGGAUCAUGUACUGUAAACAAUAUCUUUUGGCCUGACCAAACUAAUAUUCAGUGUUACAUAAUUCACAUGAAUGAUUAACUGUGUUGCCAGUAGUCAUAUUUGUGAAUAUGUUUAAAAAAGUAUGUUCGUAAUGAAGUUCUUGGCAGCAAAGAUCUAUUCUUUAGUGUUAUGUUGCAAGGAAUCAACUGUAUUUUGUUGAUGAUUAUUUAAAUUGUAUAUAAUCAGUGUAUUGUUGUUAUCUUGAUCUAUAUCUCCAAAAUGACUUACAUGUACAUACAUGAUUUA